GUGAGUCAGUUUGGCUCGGGCGCGCGCGUGCAUCGUGUUUGCUCGCUCGCUCGCUCGUUAGCGUGCGCUACGAUUUUUGUUUGAAGUUGUAGCGUCGUGGAGUCGCAAUCAUGGAUGUAUCGUUACGCGUUUGCGGGCGCGAGUCGGCGGCGUUAGUGGCGGGACUGGACUGAGCUGAGCUGGACCGGGCAGACAAGCCAGACGUGGCGGGAAUUGAAAGUAUGGUUUGCAGGUUUCCAGAUCGGUUCGUUUGGGUUUGCAUGUUCUGUUCACCUCAUUCCUCACCAUGAAGGACCACCCCGAUCUCCACACUGCUGGAUCUUUUCAGGAACGCUCAAUGAAGAAGUGACGGGAAUUAGAAAGUGAGGGAAGUUUUGGAGACUAACUACCACCCCCAGGUUUUAAAGAUGCCCGAUGCCCUGCCACCUGCCCUGUACAUGGUAAUGGAAGUGGCCAUCGCCAUCUCCUCGGUCAUGGGCAACGUGAUGGUGGUCUGGGCGGUGAGGAUGAACCGCUCUCUGCGGGACACGACCUUCUACUUCAUUGUCAGCCUGGCUCUGGCCGACAUCGCGGUGGGCGCACUGGUCAUACCGCUGGCCAUCACCAUCAGCAUCGGGCUCACCACUCACUUCUACAGCUGCUUACUGGUGGCGUGCACCGUGCUGGUCCUGACGCAGAGCUCCAUCCUGGCGCUCCUCGCCAUAGCCAUUGACCGCUACUUGAGGGUCAAGAUCCCCAUGAGCUACAAGCGAGUGGUGACUCCGAAACGAGCCGGGACAGCAGUGGUGGUGUGCUGGACAGUGGCCAUCGUUGUGGGCCUGACCCCCAUGCUGGGCUGGAACAACCUGGAGAGGCUAAAAGAGACGACGGACACUCUGAACAAAAGCCUCCUCAUCACCUGUCAGUUCGAGACGGUCAUCAGCAUGGAGUACAUGGUCUACUUCAACUUCUUCGGCUGGGUGCUGCCACCGCUGGUGGUCAUGCUGCUCAUAUACGCCGAGAUCUUCUACAUGAUCCACAAACAGCUUAAUAAGAAAGUCACGGCCAGCCAGACUGACCCCAGCCGUUACUACGGCAAGGAGCUGAAACUGGCCAAAUCCCUGGCGCUUGUGCUCUUUCUGUUUGCCAUCAGCUGGCUGCCUCUGCACGUCCUGAACUGCAUCACGCUCUUCAGCCCAAAGUUUGAGAAAAAGAUCCUCAUCUACGUGGCCAUCUUGCUGAGUCACGGCAACUCGGCCGUCAACCCGGUCGUGUACGCCUUCCGCAUCAAGAAGUUCCGCAACUCUUUCCUGAAGAUCUGGAAGCAGUACUUCUGCUGCCGGGAAGUGUCCCGGCAGGUCGAGCGAGGCAGCCAGCGACGGGAGAGCCAGGAGAAGAGAGUGAGGCGUCACUACGAGAUUUGAACUCGUUGAGUUUGAGCCCAGACUGGAGACUUGGGGUACUCCCUUGAGAAGUAGGAGCGGAUUAUUUAUGGUGGACCUUUUGGGAAUUGGAAUGGGAAUGGGAAUGAAAAGGCAAUGACGUGUGGGGGAGCUGCUGCCAAUAAAUCAACAUCUAGGCUAAUGACCCUGUGAUGUUUUUGACCCCUACACUUGGAAAUCAAAUAAUUCGUUCCUUUUUUCCUUUUCCCUUUUUUCCUUUAAAGAGGGGGGAAAAAGGUUCCAUUUUCAAGAUCCCCUGCCAGCAGAACCGUCUGCCCGAAAUGUUCACUAAGGCACAUGUUCAUGAAGUCAAUGAUGCAGGAACAUUGACGCAGUCGACCAUCUGCGAGGACCCAUUAAAUAAAUGAAAACUGCCUGUUUUAGUGAACUCGCCAGCCAAUCCAUACGGCACACUCUUGGCACUCUCAUUUUUUUGAAAAGUGUUCGCUUUGAUGCGGCUAACUACUGUGAAUCGCUUCAAGCCAAGACAGGCCUUGACGUGGGUAUGUAACAUACCAGAGUUGGCUUGAGGAAGUGCCAAGAAGCCACUGAAGCUACUGAUCUGGUUCCUUUCCGUCAUCUUUGUUCUGAAUUAGUGGGAAGAGGCAGUAUUAAAAAGACCCGGUUCACACCUGGCAUUUAACUCUCCUUAAGGAAGGAUACAGAUGAAAGACACAACAAAUGAAAUGAAUCGCUGAUUCACUGAAUCACUUUGGAAGGUGACUCGGUUUCCCAACAGUAAUCAGCUGUGCAAUGAAUGACUUUCAGAGUGUUGGUUCACAUUGAUUCUAUCGUUCAUUCACAAACGUGCAGUCAAGUCGACUGCUUCCUUUGCCUUAAAGAGAAUUUGGAUCUGCUCGAUCAGUUCCUUUUUGCUGCUUGACAUCGGAUUUCAGUUGUGUUUUAGAGUUUUUAUGUCUGUUUAUUUGUUUGUUUGUUUGAUUUAAUCUGAUGGAAUGUUUCUUUAUUACGAUACAAAAAGGUUUACUCAUCUCAUGUGUUUUACAGCUGUGACAGAAGUAACCACUGGAAGAUGAAUUAGAAUACCUUUUAUGAAUGUAGUCUUUUUCAUAUCUUCUUGCCUUUAAGGUUGCGUUCACACUGCAGGUAGAAGUGGCCCAAAAUCAGAUUUCUUUUAACAUAUUUAAGGUGCGACAGGUGGAUGGGCUACAUUUUAUUUAUUUAUUUUUAUUUUUUUAUUUAUAUCCCGUUUUCUCCCCAAUUUACAUGGACAAUUACCCAACCCACUUAUUAGGACUCCCUCUAUCACUAGUGAUGCCCCAACACCAGGAGGAUGAAGAGGGUGAAGCACAUGCCUCCUCCAACACAUGUGAAGUCAGACUCUGCCUCUUUUUGAACUGCUGCUGAUGUAGCAUUACCGAGUAGUAUCACAGCGCACUUCUGCUUAUUGACAUUACCCUUUGGAGUGAUGUUGGGAGAGAGCGCCGUCUACCCACCCAUAGAGAGAGCAAAGCCAAUUGUGCUCUCUCAGGAAUCUGGUAGACGAUGGCAAGCUACAUGAACAGGUGCUGGACCACUCCAUUUUUAACAUUUGGUAUAAAAAUUUGGAUACAUGUAUCUGGUCUGUGGUAUUAUAAUUCAAGGUUGAUUGACACUUUUGUGUUAAAUUAAAGCUGCAGAUACUACUGUUGAGCUUUCUCAAGUGGCCUUCACCAUUGUGAGUCUUUAUACUUGUGCAUUGGUGUGUAGGCUUAGCAGACCAUCACAUGUGACAUUUAGCUUUGGGGGUUUUCACACGUUUGUUUCUGUGGUCCAAAAUAGCUAACAAGUUUGUUUACUUUGAGCAUUUUCUCCUUGAUUUGGUUUUGCCUUUACACAAGAAAAAUCGCAAGUGGAACAAAAUGUAUUGCAACAAUCUACGUGAACAUGUUCCCUCUGCCAAUUGGUGAGAGCUAUCUGGGACAGGAGCAAGAAAGUAAAUACAGGAAGGUCCUGUGUUCCAGACCAGCACAUACUGUAUAUUUGUGCAGUGGAAAGUUUGGUUAACUAUAUGUGCAGUGCAGUCACAUAUGUUUUUUGUAAAGCUCCAUGCAGUCUUUCCAGUGCUAAACAAAGUUGUGUGGAAGUGAGUGAGUGAGAGUGGUGAGCGCUGCAAUAACUUUGCUCAGUGUGAAAACUGUUCAGCAUGUUUGAGGUAAUAAAUCAGGUUAAACUGCACCUGAACAAAUUUGAUGAUUGUGUUGAAUCGAGGAUGUUCUCACCACAAACAAACUACUUCAGAUUUCUCGGUGUGGUUGUUUUGGUCCACACCUGAGUGAGAUUACUCACUCGAU